AUGGACCAGGAAGAGAAAAAGCUGGACCAAGGCUUGUUUGACCGUACAUUGACGGCUAUCGUCGCAACAUGCUCGCAGGUCGAGCGUAUCGGCGUCGGUUCGUCCAGCUUCUCGCCCAUUUGGGACUGCAAGGCGCUCCUCGCAUGGCUAGCACUGCACACCGGUCGGCAUCUUGAGCUCAACGGCACUGACUUUGAAGACGAGUCCGGUGCCGAGCUGGCGAUCGCCAUGCUCACGUCGAAUGCGCUCGAGAUGAUCCAGCUCUCGGAUGUUCCGAGUCUCACGCGUGCAGUGCUCAGUCCCGUGCAUCUGACCUCGUUUCCGCCACUGCGUCCGCUUUUGAAUCUCCAUUUGUCCUCGGUGACGUUCUCGAACGAGGCCAUCGAGCUACUCGCGACGCUGCUUUGCUCGACGCCAAAGCUACAGCAGCUAGAUCUCACUUACAAACCGCUGCCCGACAGCCAACUCUCGACGAUCUUGCGUGCGCUGCCUCAAUGGCUGAGCCGUCGCGGUGCCGUGUGCCGCGUCAACUUUUCGAUGGAGAGCGAUGCGUGCGCCAAUGACGUGGCAGCUGCAUUUGCCCAGACGCGCAAUUCGCACAUGGUGGAGAUCACGAUUUGCACUAGAACCAGUGGUGUCUCGCUCGAUGCACAGAGGCAGCUUGUGGCGGCGACAGCAUCGACGUCGUGGAUGGCGCUCUCCAUCGUCGGAGCCAAUCGUCUCGAAGAGGUCGCGCUGAGAGCGUACGGGCGACAGCUGCAUGUCAAGGUCGCGAUGCGCAAGGAGGAUCCGCGCAGGGUUGAGCAGUGCUGGUUUCACUCGCCACGUACGUUGCCCGACUAG